UCUCUUUCUCUCUCUCUCUCUCUCUCCAUUUCCGAGAGAAAUCGUUUUCAUUCUCGCCUGCCUCUCCCUCUGUUUCUCUCUCAGAUCGAACCAAAAUCUCUGCUCAAUUCGUCUCCGAUCCAAUCGCGCGUUCACCUUCGAAAGGGCUUCCAUCUUCUCUUCCGCCGCGGGACUACCGGCGAUCGGCUUUGGGGCGCGCAUUUGGCUAGGGUUCUUGCUGAGGCGAUCUGUGGGAUUGGAUUCGCGAGGAUCAUGGGUCAACAGUCGCUGAUCUACAGCUUCGUGGCUCGAGGGACGGUGAUCCUCGCCGAGUACACGGAGUUCACCGGGAAUUUCACCUCCAUCGCCUCCCAGUGCCUCCAGAAGCUCCCCGCCACCAACAACAAGUUCACCUACAACUGCGAUGGCCACACCUUCAACUACCUCGUCGAGAACGGUUUCACUUAUUGUGUAGUUGCUGCUGAAUCUGCUGGCAGACAGAUUCCCAUUGCUUUUUUGGAAAGAGUCAAGGAUGACUUCAACAAAAGAUAUGGUGGGGGAAAAGCUGCAACAGCUGCUGCCAACAGCCUGAAGAGAGAAUUUGGUCCCAAGUUGAAGGAGCACAUGCAAUACUGUGUUGAUCAUCCUGAAGAAAUCAGCAAGCUUGCGAAAGUGAAAGCUCAAGUUUCUGAAGUUAAAGGUGUUAUGAUGGAAAAUAUCGAAAAGGUUCUUGACCGGGGUGAGAAGAUUGAGCUGCUGGUUGAUAAAACUGAGAACCUUCGCUCUCAGGCACAAGAUUUCAGGCAACAGGGAACAAAGAUAAGGAGGAAGAUGUGGAUCCAGAAUAUGAAGAUUAAGUUGAUCGUCUUGGGGAUCAUCAUUGCCUUGAUACUCAUCAUUAUCCUGUCCGUUUGCCAUGGAUUCAAAUGUUAGUCUCCAGAAUUUCACGGGUACUUCCCAUCUUGCUGAUUAUGGCUGUUUCUGGUUUGACUGCGCUUCACUUGCUGAGGUCAUGGGCCAUCUCGUUCGCUCUGCUUCCCUCCCUCUCGCUCACUCUCAAUUUUUGGUUUUUUUUUAUCCUUCUGUCUUUUUUGCUCUUUAGCCUUUCUCCCUUUGCCCCAAUGGUAGCCUUUUCUUCUGGGGUAAGGUCUUGUAUCGUGGAUUUGGUUGUAAGUGGCAGUAGUUGAUUUCAGGUAGAUAAUUUCCUACAUAUGGACAUAUUCUCCUCAACUUUUAUUUCGUGUAGUAAUUGAAAAUCUUGAAAUGCUUUGAUGAUCGGA